AUGACAGGUGGUGCUUGGAACGUAAAAGCGCAGAAUUACGAACGAACCACGGAACAAAACAACUUUUCACCUCAUGGACUUCAAAUAAAUCAACCGUUUCAGCUUAUGAUAGUUGCCUACAACGAACACUAUGAGAUCCUUCUUAACAAUACAAAGUUAUGCGACCAGGAGCACCUUGUGCCCUUAAGUGAUGUAACCCAUUUGGCCAUCGACGGAGAGGCAGAUUUCCGCUCGGUUGAAUUCAAAGAUCUUCUUGGUGAGGACGAAGAAGAGCUGACUGAUGCUGGAGACACAGAACAUAUGGCGAGGGAAGAUUCAGCGUACACUGGUGCUUCAGCAAGAUCAAAUGGAGUGUUGCCGAUUCCGGUGGGCAGCAGUAGUCAAGUGGCUGUCAGGGCCGAUAAGCGAGCAGAAGCUAUGGAGGCUAUUGAACCAGGCUUCAUAAAAGUGGAUGAGAAUCGGCGCAGCUUUAAUCGUAAACCUUCAGGUAGUGUGAAGCUAAAGAAAGGAAGUGGAAUGAAUGUUGGACUUGGAACUAAGCUCUCUGAGGAGCAUAAAAUACCGGAAGUUGCAUUGCAGGUAAAGCAGCCGAUGGAAGCGAAAGUAGAAAUGGAUUCUACUUGGCAAAAUCCGACUGUACAAUUAGAUCCACCUAUGAGCUCAAUGAAAGCAUCGCUGGAAUUGCCGAAUUUGGACGAAACAGAAUGGCGUCGAAGCCUAACUCGUGGAAAAGGUGAAUUUGUGAUUCCAGGAGAAGGAAGAGAGCUAAGUGUAGAUGGCCCAAAUCUCGGAGUCUCUGUCUUGGGAUCUGGAAAACAAGGAGUCAGUGUAUCUGGAGAUCAUGAGAGUAGUGAUAUGACGCAUAAAAGGAAAAAAGAAAGUCUAAGCAGUGGAGGAGGAUUCAAGCUUAAACUACCAAAGUUUGGAAAGAAGCUGGGAAUAGGUGGAUCCGGUAGUAAAGAAGUCAGAGCAGCCGAAAACGUAAAUGGUAACUUACCGAAAUUUGAAACGGAGAUUGGGGUUCCAAAAACAAUUAUAAAAGGACCAGAUUUUGGCGAAAGACAUGAAAUUUUCAAUAAAAAUGAAAAUGAAAUGAGCAUAGGAAUAAAAAAUGAUGCGGAAUUAUUCAAAAAGGUUCCAAAGGCUGGAGUAGAUUUAUCCAUAGAUAAAAAAAAAGAUGUCCAAUGGAACGAAGGAAUAAGCGGAAACAUCGAAGCGCCUCAAUUUAAGACCGAAAUAGGAAAGCCAGAUUUGGCAACAGGGAAAUACAAAUUAAGUGGUGAAUUUCAAGGACCUGAUUUACAUGGUGAGCUAGGAACAAAGAACGAUCAAGGUAAACUAGGAAUUAAGAUGCCGAAAUUAGGGAUAAAUAAGCCAGACUUUCAAUUAGACUCAAAGAAUUCUGUAAUAUCAGCAGAAAUUCCAAAAGGGCAUUUAGACAGCAAAAUAGAGGCGCCAACAUUUAAUGCGGAAUUUCCCAAGGGUGAUGGAAAAUUCGAAGCAGGAUUAAAGACAACAGAAUUGAAUAUAGAAGAACCCGAUAUUAACCCAGAAAUAAAGUUAAGGGGUGAUCAUGGAAAGUUUGGAAUAAAAAUGCCCAAAUUCGGAAUAAAUAAACCAGAUAUAAAUUUUGGAAUUAAAAAGCCAGAAUUGGCAAGCAAUGAAAAAAGUGGGCAAAUCGGAGCAAGCAUAGAUUCACCUUCAUUUAAUGCAGAGUUUCCAAGUGGUGAAGCGAGGUUUGGCGCAAAUGCCGGAAUUCAAAAGCCAGAUUUGCAUCUUGAUUCACCCUCUUUU